AUGGUGACUUUGAAUUUCUCUAACUUCCACUGGUGCUGUGUCGUCAUCAAAGUGAAGGAGAAGCGGAUCUAUUUCUACGACCCUCUAAAUCAAGGUCCGUACAUGAACGCAGCGGUUGAUGUCGCUACAAAUCUCAAGAUCUCUGGAUUACAGGACUACGACGUGAUCCCCCAAAACAACCCGCUCCAGUUCGAUGGCUACAGCUAUGGAGUGUAUGUGUGCUGGAUGUUCAUCCACAAGGUCGUCCCAGGGAGCCCGGUGGACACGAGCGACAAGUCGCUUACGAGACGCCGCUUCAACCUAUUCUUCUACCUAUUGACUAGUCGUCUAUUACCAUUCGAGGGGCCCCUGCAGCAGACUCAACUCACGCAGGCGACGAGGAGGAAAACCCGCCGGCCCCGAGCAGCGACGAGGAGGUUCCAUCGACGCAGAUCGCGCAUUAAAUCUAUUAGUAAAGCUGCAGCGUAUGCCUUGGCGAGUUUAAUAUGA